AGUAGAACGACAUUAUCCGAUUACGGGGCAAGAAUCAUUUUAGUCUUAAGUUUGAUUUUGACUUCGAUGGGAUUUUUUAAUAUAGUUUCAACGAUACCUUCGAACCUAGGGGAUAAUACUGCUCAACAACUAGAGACUACAAAUCCUUAA